AUGACUUUUGAGCCUAUCGCUAUCAUCGGGACCGGAUGCAAGUUUCCCGGGUCCUCAUCAACCCCUCCUCGCCUUUGGGACCUUCUCAGCAAACCCAGGGAUGUUGCUUCCAAGCCCCCACCAAGCCGCUUCAAUAUUGACGGCUUCUACCAUCCAAACCCAACAAAUCCUUUGACCCUUAACGUCACCGAGUCUUAUUUCCUCAAUGAGGACGUGAGAUUGUUCGACGCCUCGUUUUUCAACAUUGCCGCCAAUGAAGCCACCAGUCUUGACCCACAGCAGCGAAUGCUCCUUGAGACUGUCUACGAGUCUCUUGAGGCUGCAGGACUUCGAUUGGAAGCUCUGCGUGGGUCAUCCACGGGUGUCUUUUGCGGUGUCAUGUGUGCAGAUUGGGAAGCCCUUUUGGCUCUAGACAAGGUCGUUCCAGAAUACGCUAUAUCCGGUGUUGCUCGCAACAAUCUUGCAAACCGAAUCUCCUAUUUCUUCGACUGGAAUGGUCCCUCCAUGUCCAUCGACACAGCCUGUUCAUCCAGUUUGGUAGCGCUUCAUCAAGGAAUCUCCGCGCUCCAAAGAGGUGAAUGUUCGCUGGUCACAGUCGUCGGCACAAAUCUGAUUCUGGGGCCGACAUUAUACUUUGCGGCAUCGAACCUACAGAUGCUUUCUCCGGAGAGCCGUGGACGAAUGUGGGAUCACAAGGCCAAUGGUUACGUUCGUGGUGAGGGAUUGGCAUCUGUGGUACUUAAGCGGCUUAGUGAUGCGAUUGCUGAUGGAGACCCCAUCGAGUCCGUGAUUAGGGCAUCGGGUGUUAACCAGGAUGGACGAACACUGGGCUUGACCAUGCCUUCCGGCAAGGCCCAGGAGAGUUUGAUACGUUCUACUUAUGCUCUUGCUGGGCUUGAUGUUAAUCGGCCAGAAGAUCGGCCCCAGUACUUUGAAGCUCAUGGCACGGGUACACAGGCUGGGGACUUCCAGGAGGCCACGGGAAUCUAUAAUGCCUUCUUUGCCGAUGAGGUCACCCAAUCGCCCAAGGAUCCCCUGUACGUGGGCUCGAUCAAAACUGUGCUUGGCCACAGCGAGGGCUGCGCUGGUUUGGCCGGUAUAAUCAAGGCGUCUCUGUGCAUCCAGAACGGGCAGAUCCCUCCGAAUAUGCAUUUUGAGAAACUGAAUCCUAAGCUCGAGCCAUACACGGCCCAUUUGAAUGUAUCGACGGAGCUGAAGGAAUGGCCCGUACUUCCUGCGGGCGUCCCCCGACGUGUUUCUGUGAAUUCAUUUGGAUUCGGUGGCACAAACUCUCAUGCCAUUCUGGAGGGCUACGAAGUCAAUCUAGAAAAGACCCAAAAGACUAUUGAGAAUGGGGUCGAUGGAGCAAACGGAGAAAAGGCCCAUGGAGCCAAAGUCAAUGGAGCCAACGGAGUCAACAAGCCCACGCCCGUCGUAGCCCCUUUUGCAUUCUCGGCUGCGUCAGAACGAACACUGGGGGCAGUUCUCACCCAGUAUGAUGCUUACUUAGCUGAAAACCACAACACUGAUCCUCUGGAUUUAUCCUGGUCGCUAAUCCAAAAGCGCUCAGCACUCAAAUACCGCCUGACCCUAUACGCUUCCACAAUCGACGACCUCAGGGCCGAAAUCAAGAAGGAGCUCGAGCUCCGCAAAGCAAAUGAGGCAUCCACAGUCGUUGUGAGAAGUGACACCGAAAGAAAACGAAUCGUGGGCAUAUUCACUGGUCAGGGUGCACAAUGGCCCCAGAUGGGACUGGACUUGAUAUCCGCAUUUCCAGCGGCUCGAGGCUGGCUUGAGGAUCUCCAGAAGUCGUUGGAUACGUUGCCGACGGAGUAUCGGCCGACGUUCUCCUUGCUUGAUGAGUUGGCGGCGCCAAAGGGGCCUUCGAGAGUCCAGGAAGCAGAAGUUGCUCAGCCUCUGUGCACCGCUGUUCAGAUUUUGCUUGUAAAUGUCCUCCGGGAGAUCGGAAUUGAAUUUGAGAAGGUUGUGGGCCAUUCUUCAGGUGAAGUGGCUGCUGCCUAUGCAGCCGGCGUUCUCAAUGCUCAUGAUGCAAUUCGGAUUGCGUAUCUGCGCGGAAAGGUUGCACGCAUGGCUGGCUCGAAUGAUAAAAAAGGCGGUAUGCUAGCAGCAGGGCUAUCCUUCGAUGAAGCGACAUCCUUCUGCGAACAGUCCCAGUUUCAAGGGCAAAUCUCGAUCGCCGCAUGCAAUUCCCCAUCCAGCGUAACGCUCUCUGGCGACGCUGAUGCGAUCAAAGAGGCAGAGCAGGUACUCAAGAGCCAUGGCAAAUUCGCGCGUCUAGUCCUCGUGGACACCGCAUAUCAUUCCCACCAUAUGGAGCCUUGCGAGGAGCCCUAUCUGCGCGCUAUGGGAGGGUGCGAAAUCAAGCUUGGAGAGCCAACUUCAACGGUCUGGUACUCGACUGUGCAUGGUGGGAAGAAGCUUGAUAGCGCGAGCCAUGGUGACGUUUUGACCGGAGAGUACUGGAAGGAUAACAUGCGUCAGCCCGUGCUUUUCCACCAGGCGCUGAUGACAGCCUUCACGGAUACCGCUUCCAGCCUCAUCGUUGAAGUCGGCCCCCACCCUGCACUAAAGGGGCCUGUUCUGCAGGGGCUUUCGGAGGUGCUGAAGACGGCAUCGAAUGUCCCAUAUGUUGGUACCCUCCGCCGUGGGGAGACCGGCGUCGCAGCUCUGGCAGAAACCGCAGGCUCACUCUGGGCGUAUCUGGGGUCCGACGGGAUCAACAUCGCUAAACUUUUAUCUCUCAGUCAUCCGUCGAAAGAAAAUCGUUUUAUCAAAGGUUUGCCGCACUAUCCCUUUGAUCACAGCCAAUCAUACUGGACCGAAACACGAAAGUCGAAGGCCUACCUCUACCGGGAACCGCGCAAUGAACUCCUUGGAGACUUGAGUGAGGAAAAUGCCGAAGGAGAAUGGCGCUGGAGGAAUUUCCUGAUCCGAAGCAAUAUGGAAUAUCUUGAUGGGCAUCAGAUCCAGUCCCAGACCAUCUUCCCUGCCACGGGAUACAUUGCCAUUGCAUUGGAAGCAGCCGGGAAAAUUGCCGUGGCGGAAGGACGAUCCCUACAGCUUGUGCAAGUCAAUGACCUGGUCAUUGGCAAGGCUAUUGCCUUUCCGGAAGACGAUAAAGGGAUUGAGAUCUCGUUUCGAGUGUACAACAUGAUCUCUGAGAGUGAGACGACCACUGCAACGUUCAAUCUCUACGCGGAUGUUGGAGGGGUCUUAAAGUCGUGCGCCUCUGGUCAGUUGGUGGUGUCAUGGGGGGAGUCGCAGAUCGACGGGCUGCCUUCCAGACUGAGUUCGACGUCUGGUAUGUCAACUGUGGACAUCGAUGACUUUUAUGAGUCUCUGGGGAAGUUGGGGUAUGGCUAUACGGGCUUGUUCCGCGGUAUCACCUCAAUGAAACGGAAGCUCGACACGUCCAGUGGGCUUUUGAACAAUUUCACGGACGAUGCUCUACUUCUCCACCCCACGACAAUGGACUGCGGGUUACAGUGCUUGCUCGGUGCUGUUGGGACUCCUGGGGAUGGGGAGUUGUCAACUUUGCAGAUCCCAACGAGAAUCCAGAGAGCAACUAUCAACCCGAUGUUUUGUGGACGCAUCGGCAUCCCCGUGGGCAAGUCCCUCUUCUUCGAUGCCGCUGUGACCAGUGCGGGCCCAGAUGGGGUGUCUGGGGAUGUUGGCCUGUUCACCUUGCAGGGUCAUGGGGUCAUUCAAUUCGAAGGCAUCCAGGUCUCUCCACUCAUGCGGCCCGGCGAAAGCAAUGACCGAUCAAUGUUCUCGGAAGUUCAGUGGGGGAAUUUUGAACCCGAUGUUGAACCCGAGCACCCUCCACCACUCCAGUUCUGGUCUGGCGAGAUGGACGACCCCCAGCAUAUGUGCUUCUUGGUCAUAAAAGAACUCCUCGCCGGGCUGACCCCAGAUGAUAGGGAGAAGCUCGAAGGACAUCGCAAGGAUAUCGUGGCCUGGUUUGAUCAUGUCACUAGUCUUACUCGUCAAGGGAGAUACACUCUCUGCAAGCAAGAAUGGGCUGACGAAGAUCCUCAAGAGAUGCUCACCAUAUUGGCCAAAACAGCGCAGCCCAUUAUUGUCGAAAUGACGGAUAAGAUCAGACAGUACUUCCCUGGCUUCCUCCGCAAUGAAAUUUCAAUGAUCGAAAUCUACCGAGAGGACAAUCUUCUCACGCGAUUCUACGACAAGGAACAGGAACUGAAGUACAUGAGUCUGCGAGUUGGCGAUGUGGCUGCUCAGCUCGCAUUCAAAUAUCCGCGUAUGAAGAUUCUCGAAAUUGGUGCUGGAACUGCAUCUGCAACCCGCGCUGUUAUUGGGCGUAUUGGACAUUAUUUCCAUUCCUAUACCUUCACUGAUAUCUCAGCUGGGUUUUUCGAGGAUGCCGAAAUUACCUUUGCACAGUAUGCAGAUCAAAUGGUCUACAGGGUCCUUGACAUUGAGAAAGAUCCGAUAGAGCAAGGAUUCGAGGCUGGUGCAUAUGACCUUGUCAUUGCUGCAAACGUUCUCCAUGCCACCAAGUUCUUAGAGACUACUAUGAUCAACGCGCGCCGUCUGAUCAAGCCCGGUGGUCAUCUCAUUGCUCUGGAGAUUACAAAUGAACAUAUUCUGCAAGAUGCUUUACUCUUUUGCCCAUUUGAGGGGUGGUGGCUAGGAAAGGAGGACAACAGACCGUGGGGUCCCAAGAUCUCCGUGGAAAAGUGGGAAGCCCUUCUUCGUCAGACCGGCUAUAGCGGCAUCAACGCAAUUCUUCCAGCACAAGACAAAGAACAGUACUCGUACUGGGGAUACUCAACAUUUGUCACCCAGGCGGUUAACGAUCGGGUACAGCGUCUUCGAAAACCGUUAGCGAUAUCAGAUCCUGAUUCUGAAAAGCACGAGAGUCUCAUGAUCAUCGGCGGUGCAACAAACUCAACGUCGCAGCUCGUGCCUGCUCUGCUCAAGCUCCUAUGCCCUUUCUUCCAUACUUUCAACUAUACCUCCAAAAUGGAAUUCCUAAAUGAGCAUUCGGCUCACUGUAUUGAAUCUCCAACCGAGGUGUUGUGUCUCGCAGACAUGGAUGCUCCUUGUUUCCAGGAAAUGAACGAGAGCAAGCUACGCUCUCUGAAACGGGUCCUCGCCAUGAGCAAACGGCUACUCUGGGUAACUGUCGGCUCCGAAUCCCAGAACCCUUACCUGAGCAUGAGUAAGGGUUUCCUCAGUUGUAUCGGGUAUGAGUAUAAGGGUUCGCUUCACCAGUACCUCAACAUUGUCGAACCCAAGGACGUCAACGUGGAGCUUAUCGCAACGGCGCUGAUGCGCAUGGUUCAUUCCGAGUGUACCAAUGACUAUAGCCAUUCCUCGGCGGUCGACAGUGUCGAAUUGGAACUGCGCUUUGAGAAUAAUACCUUGAAGAUACCCCGGAUUAUGAAUGCCACGGGUCUGAACCGCCGAUACGCGGCUACGAAACGGGCCGUGCAGCAGCAGCUUGAUAUUGGACAGUCUGCUGUGGAUUUAUCUUUCAACGGCGACCAGGUUGAACUAUCGGCAGCCCGUGAAUAUUUCACGGAUGGCAGUUUCUCUCAUCCUCAAUCCACUGUCCAGAUCCGUGUCCGACGUUCUCUCUCGACAGCAUUCAAGAUUAACGGAGCCGGUUUCCUAAACCUGAUCUCGGGUGAAGACAUAGUCUCAAAAUCCCGCGUGGUUGGGGUCACAGAUAAAUACUCAUCGACGGUCUCCAUUCCUUCAUCGUGGAGCUCAAAGAUUCCAGACAACAUUGGAGAGGCCGAGGAGGCCGAGUUCUUAGUAGCCCUGGCCCAUGCGGCGCUGGCUAACAGUCUCGUCAAAGAAGCGGCGCCCAAUACAAGUAUCCUGAUACAUGGUGCGAAUGAGCCUCUCAGGCACGCUGUUUGGUGUCAGGCAGUGGCGAAAGGCAUUCAACCAUAUUUCAGCACUAGCGAUGCAUCUGCCAAGAGCUCCGGUGACAAUACCUUGUUCUUGCACGAGAGGAGCACGGCGCAGACCCUUGCUCAGGUCUUGCCCACUAAUUUGUCCGUCGCUGCAAACUUCAGCAACACACCACACGGACUAUUCUCGAGACUUGAGAAAUUCUUACCCAAGAAUGUGCGUCGCGAAGACAUGGGCACCCUGACCAUGCGUGAACCUUCGCUGUCGCAGGACUUCCAAGUUCACGCGGUAACCAAAGUCUUCAACACCGCUCGUGUUAUUGCCGCACAAAUCAACCUUGGCCUGUCUUGGCAUUCUGCAGGCCUGCAUGGGAGACAUGAGACGAAGGUACUUGGAUUGCCUGAAUUUAUCGCGCGCGGUGCGAAUGUGCGAAGCAACGAAAUCGAGAUUCUGGACUGGACGGCAGUCCCUGAACUCCCCGUGCAGAUAUCUCCCGCAAGUUCGCAGGUCAAACUAAACGGCAACAAGACGUAUCUCCUCGUCGGUAUGUCCGGUGAUCUGGGUCAGUCUGUCUGUCGCUGGAUGAUUACUCGGGGAGCGAAGAAUAUUGUCCUCACUAGUAGGAAUCCAAAGGUGGAUUCCACUUGGAUUGAGGAGAUGACGAGACUGGGUGCUCGAGUUGCGAUCGAAGCCAUGGACGUCACCGAUCGCGAAUCCAUCCUCAACGUCAACAGGAUUAUUUGUCGUACACUCCCCCCGUCGGCGGAGUGUGAUGUCGAGCUCGAGAACGUCCUCUCAACUUACAAGCCCAAGAUUGUCGGCAGUCGGCUUCUCGAAGAAAUCUACGGUCACGAAGACCUCGACUUCUUCAUCCUCUUUGGCUCCGCAACGUCCAUCCUCGGCAACAUCGGCCAAUCCUCCUACGGGGCUGCCACUAAUUACAUGCGGAGCCUGAUCCGUCGCCGCCGCGAGGAGAAUCUUGUCGGUAGCAUCAUCCACCCCGCGGAAGUUCGCGGUGUCGGGUAUAUCUCCCGGAUGGGCAGUGAGCUAUCGCGCCGGAUGGCUGGCCAUGUCGGGGCUCAUAUCGUGUCGGAGAAGGAUCUACACGAAACAAUGGCCGAGGGCAUUCUGGCCGGAAUCCCACGUGCGGGCCGGAAUCCGGAGGUGAUCAGUGGCUUCACGGCGCAUGACCCUGAGGAGAAGCCAGAUAUUAUAUGGUAUAGCAACCCGCUUACAUGGCCUCUCGUGGACUACCGUCUACGCUCGAGUUCGUCCCAAUUUGAUACGACAGCCAUACCAAUUAAGAAGCAACUGGAAGCCGUCGAUGGCAUGGACGAGGCUGCUGAAGUCGUUCUUGCUGCGCUCAGCGCGAAAAUCACCCAGAAGCUGCAUCUGUCAGACAGUGUCGCCGUGACUGCAGAUAGCAGGUUAACGGAGCUGGGGGCUGACAGUUUGGUGGCAGUGGAUAUUCGGACUUGGUUCCUUAAGGAGCUUGAAGUUGAGAUUCCAGUUCUGCAGAUCCAGAGCGGGGCGUCCAUUGGGGAUCUGGCUAAUUCUGCCAGCUUGAAGCUUCCAGCCAGUUUGAUACCGAAGGUACAAAAGCCCUAG